AUUACGAAAUAUCAAAUAUUCGUAAAGAUCUUGAAGUAAGAGAAAAUGAAAUAUCAAAUAUUCGUAAGGAUCUUGAAGCAAGAGACAACGAAAUAUCAAAUCUUCGUAACGGUCUCGAAACAAGAGACAACGAAAUAUCAAAUGUUCGUAAAGAUUUCGAAGCAAGAGACAACGAAAUAUCAAACCUUCGUAAAGAUCUCGAGGCAAGAGACAACGAAAUAUCAAGCCUUCAUAAAGAUCUCGAAGCAAAAGACAACGAAAUAUUAAGCCUUCGUAAAGAUAUCGAAGCAAGAGACAACGAUAUAUCAAGCCUUCGUAAAGAUCUCGAAACAAAAAAUGACGAAAUAUCAAAUGUUCGUAAAGACCUCGAAACAAAAGACAAAGAUCUCGAAACAAGAGACAACGAAUUAUCAAAUCUUCAUAAAACUAUCGAAGAUUUGAAAAAUGAGGCCUCAAGGCAUCAAUCCGCCUUGGGUAGAGCAACAAAUUUUCGACUGAGUGACGAUGAUUGUAACAAUUCGGUUCAACUUAAAGAAGACAUUACAUAUUUGCAAAAAAACAUAAAAGAUUUCUGCAUAGUCAAACCUGGCAUAGACAUUAAUGAGACGGAAGCAAAGAACCUUUUGCAGCAAUAUGGAUGUACCAAAUUCACGGAUGAGGAAAACUUUAAAUCACUUCUCAAGGCAGCACUUCAGCGAUGUGUUCUCGAAACAAUCUUAAAAUUAACCCACGAAUAUUUUCAAUUAACAAAGAAUGAAGGCGAAAAUAUAAAUGAAAGAUUACUCGAAACUUGUAUAGUAUUUGAAGCAAACAAUUUAAUAAAUAAAAUGAAAAAUUUUGCUAAUUUUCGGGAAGGUGAUGAUGAUGUAACCAAAGCAUUGCCUGUCAAACUCCGUCAGCAAAUCUAUGCAGUUCUUGGAAACCGUGGAUUUUCCAAAAUUUUAUCCGAAGAUGCGGAGCACCCAUUCAUUAAUGAUAUUCAACAACAACUUAUUGAAAAGAUGAAUAGCUUUCGAACAGUAAAUGAUUCUGGAAAAGCAACAAAAUUGAAUAGCAUGGUAGCGAAUAUUAUUCGUGAUGUUAUUAGAAUUUUCUUUUUCCGACUAAAAGUUCAAGAACCUGAAGCUGAUCCACCUCGUUGGUUUGAACACAAUGAUCAAGUUAAUUCUGAAUUGAUGAAAGGAACAUUUGAUCAAGAUUCGGAUUGUCAUGAUUUGGUACAGAUUUGCUCAUUUCCGUUAAUAGGUAUUGACUUGGAUGAUGAAAAAAAGCGAAAAAUACUUAUCCCUGCUAUAGUGCAUACAGAAACAAGAUUGUAA